GGUUUCAGACCUCAGCUACUAUAACAAACCCUAUCGCAUUCCGAGAUAAUGGUGGCAUUAUGUUUCCUAUUAGAUGUUGUGAAUUCAUGAUGUAGGAAAACAAGUUAAAACAGUUUACCAUCCAACAACGAGUGUAUAUUUAUUUUAGUGUCAGAACAUGAGUGAGGAGUCGUUGGAUCCGUUGACGGUGGUCUCAAGGGACACGUGGGGUGCUUUGCCGCCAAAAGCAGCAGCCCCGCCAUUAGAUACCCCUCUACCACAGGUCAUUGUGCACUGGGCUACGGGCACUGACCCAUGUGAAACUACCGAGGCCUGUACAAAGAUAAUGCAGGAUAUACAGAAGAAUCACAUGGAGGAAAAAGGCCUGGAUGACAUAGCAUAUAAUUUCGUCAUUGGCGGAGACGGCAAGGCAUACACUGGGAGAGGUUGGGAGGGAGCUCCCUCGCCCCUUAUAUAUCCACACCACGUACCUACGAGGAGAAUAGACAUUGCUUAUAUUGGACGGGAAUGGGGUCGAGGAACAAUACCAUGGGAAAUGCUACAAGCGGCGUUGCAAUUGCUGAGUACUGGAGUCGAAACCAAACUUUUAGACGAAGAGUAUGACACUGCUGAACACCCCGUGGAAAUAGGGAAUGACGAAGUCAGUGGCGAAGAAGCGUAAAAGAUUGAUUAAAAGGAAUAAGCAAAUUAUGACUAAGCAAGUUUGUCCACUUCCAAUAUGGAACGUAUUAAGACGAAUUGAACAUUUUUUACUGGAAAUACUAUCGAAUAACAUAAAGCAACUAUGUAAUCUUCAGCUUAACUUAAGCAAGUAAUCUUAUACGUCGUAGGGAUUCAUACGUAUUAUAACUCUCAUCUUAAAAAUGGAAUACAUUACAGAACAAUUUUCCUCUAGACUUGAUAAUUCGACUUAUAAAACUGGAAUAACUACUAUUAAUUUCAUUAAUAAGCUAAAAAGUAUGUCGACAUCUAUAUAUAUGUACAAA